AUGGAAUGGUUGUGGCGGUUGAUCAUUAUCCUGAUGUUAUUUGUUUAUUCGCAUUACGGAGAAGAAGUUUCUGUCAAUUUCACGGUUGCUCUUACUGACACGAUUUUAAAUGUCUCAAGUCAUAAAAAAGAUGAUGAAGAUGCAAAAACAAUGGAAUUGGUACCUCAAAAUAUCUUUGAAGCACGCAAUUCAAACACUUAA